CUCCUAAACUUGUAACCCCAAAUAUUCUCCUAGUAAUUUCAUCGAACACCUUGACUACAAUUCAAAAUCUUUAAAUUUUUUUACUAAUUUCAAGAUUUUCACUUGUCAUAAUGGACAAAAUAAUAUCAAGAUUUAUGUUCUUUUGCUCUGUUUUCAUUUCACUCUUGAUUUUUCAAGCAAUGGCGGAGAAAUCUGAAAUUUCUCCGCCAUUCCCACGAAAGCUUACGAUUAGAAGAGUGGCAGAGAGUAGCAUUGCAAAUCCACCAUUAUCGAAAGGUAGAAUUGCGGAGUUGUUUGAAGAAGGAGAAAAUGAAAUUGUUGAAGGACCCUCCGGGGCCGAAGCCUCGCCCCCGGAGGGUACUAAUAUUCUGAAAAUAAGGCAUCAUCAUUCUGCUGAUAAGUCUGUUGCUGGAGGAGAGGUCAUUAUUGGUGGACUUGUUACUGCUAUUUUUGCUGCUGUUUAUUGUUAUAUUCGAAUAACUAGAAAGAAAGAAAAUAUGUAAAUAUCAUAGGUUAAGAAUUAAAAAAAAAAUAGUAUUGUACUAGUUAAAAUGCAAAUUGAGAAGAUUUUAAUGCAAAA